AUGAAUAAACGACUGGCGGCUAUUGGGGCCGUCGUGAUACUCGGGGCAAUUGCCACAGCUGUGCUGUCGCCUUACUUUACAGAAUCAACUGUGGAUGAGGCACUGCCAGAAGGCGUAAUUGUUCCGCCAACAAUAGAGCCCAAAGACAGUAUGACAGAAGACGACGCCAUGGUGGAUGACGCUAUGAAGGACGACGAUGCCAUGAUGGACGAUACUAUGAAGGACGACGACGCCAUGAUGGACGAUACUAUGAAGGACGACGACGCCAUGAUGGACGAUACUAUGAAGGACGACGACGCCAUGAUGGACGAUACUAUGAAGGACGACGACGCCAUGAUGGAUGACAUGGUGGAGACUCCUACGAGCUAUGCCGGAACAUUUGUCGGGGUUGGAGACGGAAUCCAUCAUGCGGAAGGCAACGCAUAUGCACUCCCAUUGGAGGACGGCGGUAACGUACUGAGAAUGGAGAACUUCCGGACAACCAACGGUCCUGACCUGUUUGUCUAUCUGGCAACUGACAAGGGGGCGUCGGAGUUUAUCAACCUGGGAGUGCUCAAGGCAAGCAUGGGAAACCAGAACUACGACAUACCAGAAGGCACGGAUCUUGACAAAUACGAUACUGUGCUGAUCUGGUGCAGGGCAUUCUCUUUGUACUUUGGAAGUGCAGAGUUGUCCCUCCAGUAA